UCAUGGAUCAGGAUCCAAACCCGCACGUCGUCCAGGACACCGACAUGUCCAUGUGGGACGACCCUUCCUUUUCCAAUCUCUACGACAACCUGGGCGCCGCCGCCGAGUCGCCCUUCGAUGGCGCUCGCCUGUUCGACAUGUCGGCCGCGACCGUGCAAGCCGACAGCCCCAGCUACCACAUCAAGACCGACGACGGCCAGCACGCCCACUCACACCAACAGUAUAACUCGCGAUCGCUAGUCUCGUCGCNNGCUCAGCCGAGAGCUCGUCGCAAGACUCGUCUUCCGAGACGAGUGGCAGAAAAGCGCAAGAACACUUCGGCCACUUCCGAGUCUCCGCCAGGAAACUUUGAGGCUAUCAAGCUCGAACAACAACAGCCCAUGAUGCACUCUCAUGCCGGCAGCACUACUAACAUGGCCUCGCUGCACUCUCUACACAAUCUUUCUCUAGAACAAGACUUUGCCAACCACUUUGGCAGCGCUGCAAGUAGUCCUGGCGGCCAGCCUAUGGACAUGGUUGACCGUAACUAUUCUCAUCACAUGCACAUCAAGCCCGAACCACCGCCGUCUAACUUCUUCUUUGGUUCGAGUACCGCAUCGCCGGCUUCGGUCAAGGCAUCACAAACGCAAGAGGCCUCGCCCAACGCCAUGUUCAACAACCCCACACCUUCCUCGGAAGGAAAUGACAUGUUCAACGCAAACCAGAUGUGGAACAACUCGGCACAAAACCAAAACCCUGCGUGGAACAAUGACUAUGCUCAUGCCUUCGCAUCGCCCGGCGCUCUCGCCAUGACGCCUUCACCCGUGAUGAACGCUCCCAGGCCGGCAGUAUCCAAGCCUCCUACAGCCCAGGGUGACCGCAUCCCUCUGCACGUCGCACCCAUCCCAGCAAAAUCUCGAGUCGAGACACAAAUCAACAUUCGCUUGACUAUGGAUUAUCUGCCGCCGCGCGUCAAGAUGCUGCAUCUGCCAACUCAUACUAUUGCAAAGGCCAAACUGCUAGCCAAGGAAGUCCAUCUGGCCGAAGACACACUCGAGCUACACACCAUGCUUGUAUGCACCAGUGCCAUGAACCAACCUCACCUCCGUGAGAAAGCCAUGAAUCAAGCAGCGCAGCAGGACAAUGCUCAGAUCCAGGUACGAGGCCAGAAUGCGGGGAAGAAGGCAGGCGAAGAGGAAGUGGACGAGAACGACAAGCCGGCCAAUGGCGGAGAAGUGCGUAUCUGCAGUAAUUGCAUUAACCGUGAGCGCAAGAGAGCUGCACGCAAGAAGCUAAAGAAGGAGGAAGAGCAAGCACAUUGGGAGAAGUAUGAGACGGAGCGCGUCAUUGUCUUCAACACCAAUGAGUACAAACCAUGGCAAGACUGGCAGCAGUCGCCAGCGCCCAAGGACAACAGCGUCACAUCCUCUGAUUACUUCCGCCCACCAGAGACUGCGAUGCAGGUUGUGGCUCCCAUGCGCAUUGCAUGCUACUGCCGCCACCAGAACGAGAAGGAUGGUUUCCAGGUCAUCUUUACCAUCAAGGACUACCAAGGCAAUGUCGUGGCCCAAGACAUAUCUGACUCGAUCCUGAUCACCGACGACCACAAGACGCACCCCAUGUCGAGCGUGCCUGGCCAGGUAUGGUACGACGGCCAAUUCCCGGCUCAGGCUCCCUUUACCUCGCAUUCGAUGGUUGACUUGCACUCUCACAUGCCUGCAAUGUCUGUCUCUAAAUCGACGGGAAACCUGCAAAGCCUUGGUUACGGUGGCCAACAGUUCCAUCAGCCUAACAACAUGCAUAUGCAAGGAUUCNCCCCUUCACAAGCCACUACUCCCGGAACAAUGACACCACGCAAUCUGUCCCGUCCUGGCUCACCUACCAGCGCAGGUCAAGCAGGCCCCAGCAAGAAACGCAAAUCAUCAUCUGCCCAUCGAAGAAUCCCUAGUACGCUUACCAUGACCAAGAUGGAGGCGAACCAGCAGAUGGCUCAACCCACCGCUCAGGCGCCCUUUUCGCCUACCAAUGCCGGCUUUAUCGGUAGCAAUAACGAUCCGUCUUAUAUCACCAUGCCGCACUCGGCAUCGCGUGCCCACUUCCACACAGGUCCAUCAACUCCUAUUGAAACCACCACAUUCCCAUUCUCUGCUCUGAACCGAACAAACAGCAUGGACGGCGCUGCAUAUCAAGCGUUCUACUCUGCCCCAAGUUCAGCUCACCAGAGCCGAGCGCCAAGUCCUGUAUUGGUCGGGCCCAACUUGGCCGCUUUCCAAAGACAACAAGCGCAUGGCGGAGCGAACGCUAUGCCAAAUCGCCAAAACCCAUUCGCCAUGUCAAACCCAUCUAUGACUAAUGCCAUGGCCGAGCCAGAUCGGCCUGGUCCCAUCAUCAACAAGGUGACACCGUCCGAAGGCCCGCCAUCUGGUGGUAUUGAGGUCUCGGUGUACGGCAGCGGCUUCACACCUGGCAUGGAGGUCAUGUUCGGCGACCAGGUUGCUACGGCUACCACUUUCUGGGGCGAGAAGGCUCUUUGUUGCGUUCUACCUCCAGGCCAGAACGGGAUCGUGCCAGUGGCAAUCGCACCGUCACCCAUGCGACAGUACACAGCGCCCCCACCAGGGCAAACACAAGUCUUCAACUAUGUAGGAAAGACUUCAGAAGUGCAGAUGAUGGAGAUGGCUCUUCGAUUCUACAGCCAGAAAGAGACAGGCCGCGCAGAUCAAUGGCAAGCACUGGCACAAGGUGCUGCCAGCGCCUGGAUGUCACAGGGUUCUGCUGCAUCAGGUCUUCAGACGGCACAAGGAGCACCUUUUGAGGGCUCUAUCGCAGAUAUGCGAUAUGCG